AUGCAUUCAAGAGUUUGUAGCCUGUUGGCAUCUGGCCUGGCACUUCUCCCAAGCCUUGUGUCGAGUAGCCCAAUCGUUCCUCACUAUUUCCGAGCAGUGGAUGUCUCCAGAGCCGUGUCUCCAAAGCAAGUCCAGAAUGACCUUGGCAGGACACUCUCCAAAGGGGCCCUGAUAUUUGGCCCUUCCAACCCUGCCUUUGCGGAAGCCACAGAGAGAUGGAGCACUCGAUCUAUGCCGGCAGAUAUCCAAGUGGUCAUUGAAGUUGCCCAGGAGUCAGAUGUGGCCAAAAUUGUCAAAUAUUGUUACCAGAACAGCAUUGACUUUCUCGCAUAUAGCAGAGGCCAUGGUUCUUCUAGCACAAUUUCCAAGUUUAGGGGCAUUGAAAUCAACCUGUCUAAGCUCACUGGAAUCACCAUUCAGCCCGACAAGAAGUCUGCACUGUUCCAGGGUGGCGUGUACGCUGAUCUGAGUAUUAAGAAGCUCUGGAACGAUGGAUAUAUUGCGCCUACCGGAAGCAAUGGCUGUGUCGGUCUCCUCGGACCAGCUCUGGGGGGUGGUCUCGGUCGAUACCAGGGCCAACAUGGCCUCAUCUCAGACAACUUUAUCAGUCUUAACGUUGUCCUCGCCAACGGAACAGCAAUCACCGUCAGUGCCAAGUCUAACAGCGACCUCUUCUGGGCCAUGAAGGGUGCUGGCCAUAACUUUGGUAUCGUGACGAGCGCCUACAUCAAGAUUUACCAGCGGAAUGCCAGCACUUGGCACUACCAUAACUAUGUCUGGUCGCAAGAUAAGCUGGAGAAGGUCUUUGAAGCCCUGAACAAGUUCCAGGGGAAGGGGCAGAUUCCGGCGCUCAUGGGCGUCAACUUUGGGCAAUUUUCCAUCGAGCCCGAUAUUAGUAAAACUGAGGCUGUUAUCAUCUGGUCUUUUGCCUACGAUGGUCCUGCUGCAGACGCUGAAAAGCUGCUGGCUCCCUUCAACGCUAUUCCCGCGAUAUCAAGCACAAAGGACGACGUGUCCUACCCCGAUCUCCUUGUGGCCCAGCAGACGGACAUCAACAGCGCUUCUUGCAGCUCGCAGCCAUAUGUCGGAAGCACCACAUGGCUUCAGACGUACAACGUCAGCUCUCAGCGCGAGAUCUACAAGCUCUUCAACAAGCGGAUCGCACAGAACCCUGGCCUUGCACCUGGAGCUCGUGUCUUCUUCGAGGGCUAUUCGUCAAAGGCGACCCAGGCAAUCGAUCCCAGUUCCUCGUCAUAUCCCCAUCGAGACGAGUACCUGCUCGUCUUCUUUGCAGUCGCCGCUCCACCACCACUGGAGGGCUUUGCUCGAGCUUGGGCAGAUAAGACGGUGGACAUCUGGUAUGCAAGCCAGCCCGGUCGUCGACGCGCAACAUAUGUCAAUUAUGCUGUUGGAAACGAGCCGCUCGAGUCCAUCUAUGGGUAUGAUGGGCAGCUGAGCAGGCUGAGGGCUCUCAAGGCCAAGUAUGACCCUCGCAACAAGUUUAGGUGGUAUAACCCGAUUGUCACUUACUGA